AUGGCUUGCAAGUUGUCUCUCCCAGAGGUGGAUUUCUCCUGUGCUGUGUGCUGUGACAUCUUCAAGGAUCCUGUCAUCCUGUCAUGUAGCCACAGUUUCUGUAAAGCCUGUCUGCAGGAAUUCUGGAAAGAGAAGCCAUCUCAAGUGUGUCCAGUUUGCAGGAGAAGAUCCUCAAGGUCUGAGCCUCCCAAUAACCUGGCUCUCAAGAACCUGUGUGAGGCCUACUUACAGUCGAGGAGUCGGAGAGCUUCGGCAGGGUCUGAGGUGCUCUGCAGUCAGCAUGGAGAGAAACUCAAGCUCUUCUGUAAGGAGGAUAAACAGCCUAUCUGUGUGGUGUGUCGCGAUUCAAGGAAACACAGAACACAUGAGUCCAUCCCUAUAGAUGAAGCUGUACAGGAACAUAAGGUACAGUAAACCAUUGUAUUGUUAAUAGUCAGUGUGCAGAAUUCCCUUUUUUCUUUUUAAAAUGACCACUUGUUUUUCACCUUGACAAUGAUAAUUGAUGGUGACAAGACACUAAUGUAAAUAUACACUGAAUAUUACAACUGGAAUAAAUGUGGUAUUGUACAACAUCUUGUUUAAUUCCAGGAGAGACUCAAGCCUACGUUGACAUCCUUACAGGAGAAACUGGAAGUCUUUACGAAAGUUAAACUCACCUGUGAUGAAACAGCACAGCAUAUCAAGGUGAGAUGCUGAGAGAUACAGUUGAAGUCGGAUGUUUACAUACACUUAGGUUGGAGUCAUUUUUCAACCACUCCACAAAUUUCUUGUUAACAAACAUAUAUAGUUUUGGCAAGUCGGUUAGGACAUCUACUUUGUGCAUGACACAAGUAAUUUUUCCAACAAUUAUUUACAGACAGAUUAUUUCACUUAUAAUUCACUGUAUCACAAUUCCAGUGGGUCAGAAGUUUACAUACACUAAGUUGACUGUGCCAUUAAACAGCUUGGAAAAUUCCAGAAAAUUAUGUCAUGGCUUUAGAAGCUUCUGAUAGGCUAAUUGACAUCAUUUGAGUCAAUUGGAGGUGUACCUGUGGAUGUAUUUCAAGGCCCACCUUCAAACUCAGUGCCUCUUUGCUUGACAUCAUGGGAAAAUCUAAAGAAAUCAGCCAAGACCUCAGAAAAAAAAUGUAGACCUCCACAAGUAUGGUUCAUCAUUGUUUAUACCACGUUCAUCUGUAUAAACAAUAGUACGCAAGUAUAAACACCAUGGGACCACGCAGCCGUCAUACCACUCAGGAAGGAGACUUGUUCUGUCUCCUAGAGAUGAACGUACUUUGGUGCGAAAAGUGCAAAUCAAUCCCAGAACAUCAGCAAAGGACCUUCUGAAGAUACUGGAGGAAACAGGUACAAAAGUAUCUAUAUCCACAGUAAAACGAGUCCUAUAUCAACAUAACCUGAAAGGCCGCUCAGCAAGGAAGAAGCCAUUGCUCCAAAACCGCCAUAAAAAAGUCAGACUACGGUUUGCAACUGCACAUGGGGACAAACAUCUUAUUUUUUGGAGAAAUGUCCUCUGGUUUGAUUAAACAAAAAUAGAACUGUUUGGCCGUAAUUACCAUCGUUAUGUUCGGAGGAAAACGGGGAAGGCUUGCAAGCCGAAGAACACCAUCCCAACCGUGAAGCACAGGGGUGGCAGCAUCGUGCUGUGGGGGUGCUUUGCUGCAGGAGGGACUGGUGCACUUCACAAAAUAGAUGACUUCAUGAGGAAGGAAAAUUAUGUGGAUAUAUUGAAGCAACAUCUCAAGACAUCAGUCAGGAAGUUAAAGCUUGGUCGCAAAUGGGUCUUCCAAAUGAACAAUGACCCCAAGCAUGCUUCCAAAGUUGUGGCAAAAUGGCUCAAGGACAACAAAGUCAAGGUAUUGGAGUGGCCAUCACAAAACCCUGACCUCAAUCCUAUAGAACAUUUGUGGGCAGAAUUGAAAAAGCGUGUGCGAGCAAGGAGGCCUACAAACCUGUCUCAGUUACACCAGCUCUGUCAGGAGGAAUGGGCCAAAAUUCACCCAACUUAUUGUGGGAAACUUGUGGAAGGCUACCCAAAAUGUUUGACCCAAGUUAAACAAUUUAAAGGCAAUGCUACCAAAUACUAAUUGAGUUUAUGUAAACUUCUGACCCACUGGGAAUGUGAAUAAAUAAAUAAAAGCUGAAAUAAAUCAUUAUCUCUACUAUUAUUCUGACAUUUCACAUUCUUAAAAUAAAGUGGUGAUCCUAACUGACCUAAGACAGGGAAUUUUUACUAGGAUUAAAUGUCAGGAAUUGUGAAAAACUGAGUUUAAAUGUAUUUGGCUAAGGUGUAUGUAAACUUCCGACUUCAACUGUAUAACACUACUGUAAAUAUUGUAUACGUCUGAUUUAUUAUUUUUAGUUCCAUUUAACAAGGUCAUAUUUUCAGAGAUACGUUCAUCUUGUUUCUCCAGAGGCAAGCCCAGCAAACAGAGAUGCAGGUUAAGGUGGAGUUUAAGAAGCUUCACCAGUUUCUACGUGAUGAAGAGCGGGCCAGGCUAGCUGUACUGAGGGAGGAAGAGGAGCAGAAGAGUCAGUUGAUGAAGAAGAAGAUUGAGGAGAUGAGCAGUGUGAUGUCAUCUCUUUCAGACACAAUCAGAGCCGUAGAGGAAGAGCUGAAGACAUCUCAUUCUUACAUGUAAAUACUUUUUUUUACAGAAUAAACAUAACACAUAAAGUUACAGAUGUAUCGCUAAAUUAAAUUACAUCAUCAUCUUUAUGUUAAUUAUGUUAAAAACAUAGCCCUGUUUUUUCGUUCUUCUGCAGACAUGCCAGGCCACGGUGAAAAGGUAAGUGAUCUGCCUCCCGUCUCUCUCUUCUCUGUGGUUCUGAACCCAAGCCCACAGCAGCACUGACUCCUGAAUGUUCUUCCAGAGCCCAGUGCACACAGCCGGAUCCACAGCUGGUCUCAGGAGGGCUGGUAGACAUGGCCAAACACCUGGGGCAACCUGAAGUUCAGAAUCUGGGAGAAGAUGCAGGACAUUGUUAAAUAUAGUGAGACGUAUAUUCUGAUCAUGAGAACGCCUUCAUGAAGUUACAUGAUUUCGAUACUGUACAUUCACACAGUGUAAUGACUGAAACAUUUACUGGACCCCAACACUACCAGCCUGUAUAGUAUAUUAUGGAUGUAGUUUCACUUUAUCACAAGUUCUUUAUAGUGUGUCUCUGUUCUCCCUGUUCAGGUCCUGUGAUUCUGGACCCCAACACUGCCAGCCAGGUCCUCACCCUGUCUGAGGACCUGACCGGUGGGAUGAUCAGUUACUCACCAGAACAGUUCCCUGACAACCCAGAAAGGUUUGAAAGCAAGUUUAUGAAUGGAUGGGUCCUGGGCUCUGAGGGCUUUAACUCAGGGAAACACAGCUGGGAUGUUGAGGUUGAACACAAAUUUUCCUACUUUGUAGGUGUGGCCACUGAGUCUGUCAAUAGGUCUAAUCCUUGGGAUGACGUCUGGGCUUUUCAACACAAUGACAAUGUUUUAAAUUUAGAUGAAUAUGAAUAUGAAGUACUGUGCCCAAACAGUGAACCCAUUGGUCUCAUAUUGAGAGGGAGACCCCAUAGGAUCAGAGUGCAGCUGGACUGGGACAGAGGAGAGCUGUCAUUAUUUUCUGCAUAUUUUAACACACAUAUACAUACUAUUACACAUACUUUCACAGAGACAGUCUUUCCAAUAUUUUAUACAUCUUUGGGCAAGCUAAAUAUUUUACCAGUUAGGGUCUCUGUAACAGUUGAGAGUUGAGAGAUGAAACCACCUCUGUCUGUAACAGGGGAACAGCACAGUUAGAGAUGAAACCACCUCUGUCUGUAACAGUGAAUACAUGUGAUUUUCAUCCAGUUGAUUUAGCCCUAGCCACAAGAUAAUCUGUCUAUAGAAAACAUGUUAUUUCAAGGAGUCUAAUAAAACCAUUGAUCUUCAAAUGUUUACUUUUUGCUAUGUCUACAAAUUGAUUUCAUGUGCACACACACACACAGAAACACACAUACACACCUACAAACAAACACACACACAUAUAUAUAUAUAUAUAUAUAUAUAUAUAUACUUCUGCCAGGUAAGCCUACUUUGCAGUUAACAUUUCGUUGAAAAGGUUUGGGGGAAAGUAUUUCUGUCAACCCACAAGACGGUUAUCACAUCAACUGGAAAUGAAUUGGCAGAUAUUGUGUUAGGUUGGCUUUUUAAUCCAACAGUGGCUAACCAGGGGUGGGAUAAUGUAAAUGUUGCGUUGGUUAGAUAGUAGCCGAAACUCUCUCUCGCUUUUCUAGGUUACUCUAUCCUUUCUUUACUUUCUCAAUAUCUGUCAUUACUGUAUAUUCACAGCCAGGUCACCCGUGAUGCAAGUCACUAUUCGACGUCCAUCCAUGUCUGAGGACGUCGGAAGAUUAUGUAGAACCUGGCCCCUAGGGGCAACAGUGAUCACUGUUACCUUCAUGUAGGUUUGGGUUUUACUAAGGUGUUGUGGACAGGGAUGGCGAAUGGGCGUAAGCAUCUGCCUCUGGUUCCAAAGGUUGUACAAAUCCAGCAAUGGAACAUUUAUUUUCUUUAAGCCUAUCGCAAACCUUAACCCUUACCUUAACCAUUCAGAGUUAAUGCCGGACCUUAAGAAUUAGGAAUUAAUGCCUAAAGUUAACCUAAACACUUCUAAAUUUGUCGUUUGGAACAACUUCAAAAUUGGACAUUUAAGAAACAUGGAUGAACUUCUAAUUCCGACGUGAGACUGUGAGAGCCAGUUGAUAUUCCUACCCUUACUCUCUCACUAUCAUGAGGGAAAGUCUGGCGCAAACCAAAGACAUCUACUCUCUCUUCACCUUCCUCACUAUCUCUGUGGAUGUAUUGCGUCUGUCCUUCGGUGACUUUCUAAGAAGUGCUUCUUGCCAUAGGCCCAUAAUGUUAUCUGAAUAGAAGGAGCUUGUUCUGAAUGAAAAGGGUAGACAGUAUGUCACUGGCUUGGAUUGUUGUUUGAGAGAUAGCGUUUGGGGAACGGAGAUACCAAUGUGUAAAUGAUGUGGCUCUAAUUCGGUCAGUCAAUCUCAGGAAAAUAUUUAAAACUGCACUGCAUUCCCAUCAGGUCCGGUCAGGGCCCGUAUCCACAAAGCAUCUCAGAGUAGGAGUGUUGAUCUAGGAUACAUUUUUUUCCUUUUAGAUUAUAAUGAUUAAAGAUUAUAUGGACCUGAUCCUAGAUCAGCACUCUUACUCUGAGAUGUUUUGUGGGUACAGGCCCAUGUCUCUAACACCACAAUGGGAUUUGAUGAGUCAUUGGUGGAAAACUGUGGAAAGAGAACAAUGUAGAUUAAUUUAUAUUUGGGACAAUGGCAGGAUCUGAGAAAUAACUGCAUUCUCUAGAGCCUGGAGUUUAAAUAUUCAUACGCUUUGUUUUUAAAAACCCAAAGGAGAUCUCUACGGAUCAGGUGUUUUGCUGAAACUAAUGGAAUAGUUUUGAGUGUAUUCGUUGAAUAGAGGAAGAUUAAUUUCAUAGAGGGAACUCAAGGUGAACGCUGGAUAUCCAGAUACUCUAACAGAACACACGCACACACACAUGAACACACGCACACAUACAUAUUCACACACAAAACAUACACACAUACACACACCACAAACACACACAAACCCUCUUUCUCUCUCUCUCUCUCUCUCUCUCUCGCUCUAUCUGUCCCUCUCUCUUGCUCUCUCUCUCUCUCUCUCUCUCUCUCUCUCUCUCUCUCUCUCUCUCUCUCUCUCUCUCUCUCUCUUUCUUUCUGUCUCUGAAUCUCCAGAUACCUUGUAAACCUCCCAGCACGAUUUCUGAUAACAGUAUUGUAAUUAGAGCUAACAGCUGUGGUUUCUGACACAUCCAGUCUACAUGUCACCAGCAGAACAUGUCCAUUCCCCAAGCUGCUCUGUACACAUCUGUUCAAUCUGGUGCCCCUGUUAAUGACGAACAGCGAGUGCAGACGAUGGUUGACGUUUUGUACAACCAUGUUCUGUACAGAUCCAGGAAGUGUGUGUGUGUGUGUGUGUGUGUGUGUGUGUGUGUGUGUGUGUGUGUGUGUGUGUGUGUGUGUGUGUGCGUGCGUGCGUGCGUGUGUGUGUGUACGUGCCUGCGUACUGUACAUGUGUGGCCGUGGGCGAGAGAGUGUUUUGUCAGACACAGAGAGAGGAUUUGCCCAGGCAAAGAGAAUAGCAAAUAAAAGGCAGGUAAUUAAUUUGGACAGAGCUAAUCACAACAGCCAUCCUUCCCUAAUGUACUGGCCUUAUUACCUACAAGUAAUUAGAGAGAGAGAGAGAGAGAGAGAGAGAGAGAGAGAGAGAGAACGGGAGAGAGAAAUAGAAAAAGUUUGAGAAGAAAAUAUUCACCACAGCCCCAGGAUAAGCCCUAUGAGAGGCCCCAUUGUGUUUGUGCCCUGGGUUAAGGCAUAGACAGAGAACCAUGAGGUCUAUUUAGAGGGCUUGUUGAUUUAGUGGAGUCUCAAUAGAAGGUCUGUUUGAAUGGCCUCAUUUAUCUAGAGUGCAGAGAAAAGGUUGAUUGCAUAGGUUCCCCCAUUGUGUGUCCAUGGGGGAAAAGACUCAUGGGCUCCUCAUCAAUAACAUAAUGUAUUACCAAUGUGUUUCCCAUCUCCCAUGGUAUUCCCAGCAUUCCUAUUUCAAAAUAUCAUAUACAGUUAUACAUCUGUUUCAAAGGUAAAAAUCCUCAAUAGACUUCUUCAGAAAUGUCCAUUUUAAAUAUCUAUUUAAACACCCAAGGAAUUAUUUACACCACAUAGUGACUUAACUACACAGACUUGAUAAGAAGAAGAAGAAGAAGAAGAAGAAGAAGAAGAAGAAGAAGAAGAAGAAGAAGAAGAAGAAGAAGAAGAAGACAAAAUGGGGGAACCUCAUCAAUCAACCUUUUCUCUGCACUCAAGAUAGAUGA